CGAGACCCUUCGUGAUCGGUUUGUCCUUGGCAUGCAGCCAGGGCCAGAAAGGGAUAAGCUUUUCACCAAACCGUUGGCAGACCUCACGCUGAAUAAAGCGUUGGAGCUGGCAGAAGCUAUACGGUGUGCUCGGCAGGGUUCAUCCCAGGCAGUAGCGUGCGCAGGGAUGAAUACAACUACACAGGAGCAGGCCGUACUUAAGAUAGCGGCCACGUCAUCAGCGCGCGCGCCGGGACCAGCUCAGCGCGAUAACGUAUGCCCAGCGUGCGGGUACAAAGGUCACAGCUCGGAGACUUGCAAGUUUACGAAGUACAGGUGCAAAACGUGUGGUCAACGAGGACAUUUGCGUAGGAUGUGUCAAAAAAAUAGUGCAAAACUCAACUUUAUCGAGUGUUGCCCAGAGGAGGAAGAGGUAGGCGAUGACGUGCUCACAGGCUAUUAGUUAUGGUGGUAAUCGUGUGACGGAGUUCUUAAAUAGAGAUAUAGUUUUAGUUAAGAUAUAUAAAGCCCACAAAUCGAGCUGGGUGAAAGGUACCAUUGUAAAAAGACUCGGUGCUACAGUAUACCUAGUGAGUUUGCUUGGUUGCAACACUGUGCUAAAAAAACACACAAAUCAACUUUUAAAGUACAAAGGGGAGAACGUUGAGAGUUGGCACGAAAGAGAGAGUAGUAGUACUGGUCAAACUUCAUCGAGUGAGAUGGGUAUGCCGCCCAUCGUCUUGUCGCCCACGACUUCGGGUCUCAUCGGUCAGCAGUCUGAUUCGAACUCGACGUUGAAUGCGCCGAGAUCACCUGACAACUGGGCCGGCUGCGAAGUGGAUUCGACUCUGCCCACCACCAGUGCCGAGGGCCAAGCCACCCCUCCAGGUCCUUUGCCCGCCCUGGACGCCGAGACACCGACACCGCCGCCGCUCCAGGUCGGCGCGGCCCCGCUGCCCCGCCGCCGCCGCCGCCGGCACAGAACGCCGCGGCAUCGGCACGGACUACGGCGACUCGCACUGACCAACCAACUCACGAACCAUCUAAACGACCCCGAAACGUCGUUAAUUAUAAGAAAUAUUUUUAGACUAAGGGUGGAGGGAUGUUGUAGCUAUAAGUAUGCAUAUGUACUCAUAGGUUAAGUACCGUUGGCUGCGUCCAACGGCGGUCCGUUAGUCGAAUACAGGACUUCUUUGAGCGAG